AUGUCCAGUGGUGUUUCAAUGGCGAUUCGUUGCAACUUCACUCCUAUUUCCUAUCGAUCUUUGAUGUUGCCGGUAACAAGGGUUGCUCGAUGGUGCUAUAUGGUCAGAGAACAAUCGAGGCUGUUUGAAAGAAACUGUGGAGGUCAAAGUCAAAUCGAGGAAAACAAGCAUUACGCUGAGUUUUGGAUUGGAACUCAUGUUUCCGGACCCUCAUUUCUAGAAACCGAUCAUAAUGUGAGUUUGAAGUCGUGGAUUUUGCAAAACCCUAAGAAGCUUUUGGGUGAUGUUGUUGUUGAUAAAUGGGGACCUGAUCUCCCCUUCUUAUUAAAGGUCCUUUCAGUGGGUCGAUCAUUGUCAAUACAAGCCCAUCCAGAUAAGGAAUUAGCAGGGCUUCUUCACAAGCUGCAACCAAAUGAACUCGAUGUUGUCCUUGAAAGUGUCCCCGAGAUUAAUGAGUUAGUUGGCAUUAAUGAAAUUGAAAAUGGGGAGGUAAAAGUAAAAGAAGACCGAGUUCUCUGCAGGUCAAUAUUUACCAAGCUCAUGUCGGUUGACCGGGACGCCAUUUCCACAUCAUUGUCCAGAUUGAUUAGUCGUCUAAACAGGGAAAAGGAGACAAGGGAGUUAAGUAGUAAGGAAGAACUAGUGUUGAAGCUUGAGAAGCAAUACCCUAAUGACGUGGGUGUGUUAGCAGCUCUACUACUUCACCAUUUGAUAUUAAACCCGGGUGAAGCUUUAUACGUAGGAGCAAACGAACCACAUGCUUAUUUAACCGGUGAGUGUGUGGAGUGCAUGGCGGCUUCAGACAAUGUGGUGCGAGCUAGCCUUACUCCAAAGUACAUGGACGUAAAAGUCCUUUCUUCCAUGCUCACAUAUACCCAGGGGUUGCCUGAGAUCUUGAAAGGGGUGCCGUUGAAUCCGUAUACAAGAAGGUACACACCUCCGUUUGAGGAGUUUGAGAUUGACCGGUGUGUGUUGACAGGAGGAUCAUCGGUUGUUUUUCCAGCUGUCGUGGGGCCUGCCGUUUUUGUGGUUGUUUCAGGAGAGGGGUCGAUGCUGACAUCAUCAUCGGAAGAAAGAGUGUGGGAAGGGUCGGCUUUAUUUGCACCUGCAGGAACUGAGGUUUGUGUGACUACAGAAACAGAAUUGGAGUUGUAUAGAAGUGGAGUGAAUAAUAAGUUUCUUAUGAACCCCAACACACAACACGGUUGAUAUGAUGAGAUGAGAAUAGAUGGCUGAGAUAGUUUGUGUAUGUCUCUAUAAUACUACGUUUAAG